AGUGCCUCUCCAGUUACACGAAGUAAACGAUACGUCAAACCAGGUGAAGAUUGUUUACAACUCAAUAGCAUCCUCUCAUCUCGAAAAACAACCUGCCGCCUGCCGGUGUACUUUCGCUUUCAGCUAGAGAUCGCGGAAAAUUGCGUGGCUCAAAGCGAAACAUCGAAAAUCAGAUCCGCCGCAUUACAUCACGCGCUGAGACUCGAGAGAUUAGUGUGCCACUGGAGCGUUCACAGCUGCAGUCUUCCUUGCAAGCGCUGAGUUGUUUCUACAAACAUCAACCAGUUUCGCUUUUAUGUAUUUACCGAUGCCGGUUUUUGUGCGUCGCGACGGUGGUAGUGCACGGUUACCCAAGGGGACAAACGAUUCAGCUGCGAGGAAGCUGCGAGCUACCGGGCCUACUGAAUAGGGUUACCAGUGGUCGAGUUGAGUUAAAGCCGGUGGUGUCGGUCGGUCGAGUCGAGCAUCAACCAGCUGGCGUGAGUUAAGCUAGUUUCAGUACCGUGCCGUGCUCUGCCUCGCAAACAUCGUAUUUGAUCGAUGUGGUUUGUGUUAAUUCGAUCAUAUAACCGCGUGUUCCAAGUGCACGUUUCGACGUCGGUCGGUGGGGUUUGUUUUGGGGAGGUGACUCGCGACGGGGGUUGCAGUGAAAUUGACAAGCGGCUGGCAUUGACUAGGCUUGCGAGUGCGCGUGUAUGUGAGAGAGUUCAGCUUCCAGUUUGUUGUGGCUGUUGUUCUAGUGCUUACCUUUGAAGUCGGUCGUGUCUUACCGAAAAGCUAAAAUAUGCUGCUCGCGUGGAGCUUCACAGGUCUUGCGUUUCUAGGCUGCUAUGUCCUAGCCCUCUGGCUGUAUGACAAUCUUAAAUCGGUUGUACAAAUAGUGUUGGCCAUACUGACUCCGUACUUCGUACCGGAGGAGAAUAAAAGCCUAGCGGAACGCUUCGGCAAGUGGGCUGUUGUUACCGGCUGCACCGAUGGAAUCGGUAAGGAGUAUGCGUUCCAGCUGGCGGCACGCGGUCUCGAUAUUGUGCUGAUCUCACGGACCAGCGAGAAGCUAGUUGCUGCCGCUGCCGAGAUAGAACAGCGCUACCACGUAAAGACGAAGUGGAUCGCCGCGGAUUUCAGCCAGGGACAGCCAAUCUACGAUAAGAUCAAGCGAGAGCUUGCUGGAAUUCCGGUUGGGAUAUUAGUUAACAAUGCCGGAAUGAAUGUGGAUUUCCCGGAUGAUCUGGACAAAGUUCCGGAGGACAAACUGUGGGGCAUAAUCAACGUCAAUAUCGCGGCCGCAACAAUGCUCACAAGGAUAGUGCUGCCGGAGAUGAAGCAACGCCGUCAGGGUGCCAUCGUGAAUAUAUCCUCCGGUAGUGAGCUGCAACCGUUGCCUUAUAUGACGGUCUACGCGGCUUCGAAGGCCUACAUGCACAACUUCACCCUAGCGAUGCAGUACGAGCUGGAACCGUUUGGCAUAACGUGUCAACUGGUCAGCCCACUGUUUGUGACCACCAAGAUGAACAGCUACUCCGACACCAUAAUGGCCGGCGGAGUUUUUAUCCCGAACGCGAAAUCAUUCGCGAAGUACGCCGUUUUCACGCUGGGUAAGACCAAACAAACUACCGGUUACUGGUCCCACGGUAUCCAGUACGGCUUUAUGCGGCUAGCUCCCGAAUGGCUUGGGACUAUGAUUGGCGGCAUCAUGAACGACCGCUUCCGGCAGGAGUACUUCCAGCAGCAACAGCAAUCCGAGGCCAAAGUUAAGUGAGAGCCACGCUGCAAGCUCGGGAAUUUCUAAUUGCAUUUUCAUAAAGUUACGCGUAGUUACCGACGGCUUGUAUUUGUAUUUUUUGUGAAAAUUAGCAUAAGACUGAUUGCCUGAACAAAUUCAAUUGGUAUUAGUUACCAGUUCCGCUAGUAUAACAUUCCAAAA